UGGUUGGUAGCACAGUACAGCUAACUUGGCUUUCUAUCUAGCUAGAGCUGAGCAUAUUCAUGGAGCAGUGCCCUAGUUCAUCAAGAGCUGAUAGGAAAACCAUAGAGAAAAACCGGAGGAAUCAAAUGAAAGCCCUAUACUCCAAGCUCAAUUCUCUUGUUCCCCAUCAACGUUCAAGGGAAGUGACAUCGCUACCGGAUCAGCUAGAUGAUGCUGUGAACUACAUCAAAAAGCUACAGACGAACUUGGAGAAAAUGAGGGAGAAGAAAGAGUACCUAAUGGGAACUGAGAAGAGUGGAAAUAAUAAUGCAGGGUUUGUUGGUGGUGAAGUAAUAGGGGGCUUAAAAUCACCACAGAUUGAGAUUGAGAUUCAAGAAAUGGGUUCAGCUCUACAGGUUGUUCUGAUAACUGGGCUGGAUUAUCAGUUCAUGUUUAAUGAAUCAAUUCGCGUGCUUCAUGAAGAGGGAGCCGACAUUGUGAACGCCAGUUUUUCAAUUGUUGAAGAUACCAUUUUCCACACAAUACAUUCCCAGAUUGGAGAGUCUGCACCAGGCCCCGUCGCAGCAAGGAUAUCAGAGAGACUGAAAAAGCUUGUAAACGGUAGAGCUGGUUCAUUUUGAAGCAUACAAUAUGAUUACAAAGUGCUGCUCUAUAUUGAAGGGAUUGAUAACCUUAAUUAUAUGUAUAUUUCUUUGAGUUUGGUUGGUGAUCUUCUUGUGAGUUCUUUAGAAUGACUAAGUUUAUAUACAUAUGCCCCUUGGUCACGGUCUCAGCCUUUUCUUUUCUUUUGCUUACAUCUAGGACUUACUGCAGUUCAGCAAAAUUCAUGCUUGUUCACUCACUCAAUGAAAUAUUGGGGUUUUUUGUCUCAUCAUAUAAAUUGUUAGGUGAC